GCAAAUUUUUACUUAGCACGAAGGUCGUGCAGUUAUUUUGUAGGUAGUAAUAAUAGUACAUCACAAACAGUCGUAUAAUUCGCACGUAUCGUAAGAAAUCUUGUAAAUAGAUAAUAAUUGAUAACGAUAGCACGUAUCAUACUGUAUAAUUAUUAUUCACAUUCAAAUUAACUAUAUUUAUUAAAUUAUUAGUGAUCUUCGAGUAGGUAAUUGAAGACGUAUUAAAAAGAAUAUAGUUCUAAUAAUUUCGCAAAGAUGUCGCUGACUCGUGUUUUGAUAGUGAACAGAUCUUAUCCCAGUGCCGGCUUGGAAUUAUUGAAAGGAAAUUCCAGGAUCCAAGCAACAGUAUUACCUUAUGAAGACUACGAGCCGCAAUCAUUAAAAGAAAUAAAACAAAGUGUUAAAGGAGUCGACGGUUUGAUAUGGAACACGAGGUAUCGACUGACAGGCGAAAUACUAGACAUAGCGGGUCCGCAAUUGAAGGCCAUAUCAUCGACGUCUUCGGGUCUUGACCACAUAGACCUGGAAGAAGUGAAAAAACGCAACAUCCGUCUUGGGAACACUCCUGGAGUGUUGAAUGAUGCUGUAGCCGAUAUUGCCGUUGGAGUAAUGAUUGCUGCGGCUAGAAGAUUUAAAGAAGGGAUCAGGAAUUUAGAGAGUGGUGAAUGGAAAUAUGGUGUUACAUGGACAUUAGGACAGGACAUAGUUGGAAGUACCGUCGGUAUCGUGGGACUGGGAGGCAUCGGCCAAGCCAUAGUUAGAAGGCUGAAAGGCUUUGAUGUAGCGAGGUUCAUCUACAGCGGACGAAGUGAGAAGCCCGAAGCAAAGACUCUGAAUGUGGAGCGUGUACCACAAGAACAACUGUUGAGGGAGAGCGACUACGUGAUCCUAGCGUGCCCCCUAACUAACGAGACCAGGAACAUGAUCAACUGUACUGCCCUCAGGACUAUGAAGAAGACUGCUGUUUUGGUAAACAUCGGCAGAGGAGAACUGAUAGAUCAAGAAGCGUUGUUCGAAGCUCUACGAGAACAGUGCAUAUUCGCGGCUGGCCUAGAUGUUGUCACCCCGGAGCCACUGCCCAAAGAGCAUAAGCUGCUCUCGCUGCCGAACUGCUUCAUAAUUCCACAUAUGGGAAGCGCUACGGUAAAUACAAGGAACGCUAUGGCGCAGAUUGCGGCCAACAACAUUCUUUUAGCAUUGGACGGACAACCAAUGCAGUUUCCUAUUAAUUGAAUUACAUUAUUAGAGUUAUCAUUUUAAGUAUUAUUUUGUAUUAGAUUAAAUUUUAUUAAAUUCAA